AUGUCGGAAUUGAAUGUUUUAAUUAAACGCAGAGGUGUAGUUAAAGCUCAAUUAACUCGAUUUGAAUCCUUUUUGAAGACUAUCGAGUCAGAAAAGGCAGGCCAAAUCCCGGCACGGUUAGAAAAAUGCAAAGAGUUGUGGAACGAGUUCGAAAAUUUGCAAAUACAAAUUGAAGAACUCGACAUCAAUCAUCCUGACUUGCAGGAACAAGAAAGAAUCGAGUUUCAGGAUGCGUAUUUUGAAUCAAUUGCUCUCGCGGAUACAAAGAUCUCGCAAUUCAUGAAGGGUUCACUUUGCUCAAGUGAAAAUUCAAUUGCGGAAAGAAAUGUCAAAUUGCCCACAAUGCAAAUUCCAGAGUUUCAAGGUUCUUACAAAAACUGGUUAGAAUUCUAUGAUAGUUUUAAUGCGUUGAUUCAUACAAACACUGGUUUAACGGACAUACAAAAAUUCUAUUAUCUAAAGAAUGCUCUUAAAGGCGAUGCGGCGGAAGUCAUUCGGUCUUUAGAAGUUUCGUCUGAAAACUAUAAAGCGGCCUGGUCAUUGCUUAAGACCAGAUUUGAGAAUAAAAAGAUGAUAGCGUUAAAUCACAUAGAAUCUCUCCAUAAAUUUCCGCCCAUAAUGAAGGAAUCAUAUGGUCAAAUCAGGAAAUUUUUAGACGAAAUCAGAAGGGAUUUAAGGGCUCUUAGGUCAUUGGGUCAACCGGUAGAUCAUUGGGAUACUUUACUGAUUUUUACUCUCGAAGCCAAACUAGAUCCUGUCACAAGGAGGGAAUGGCAAAAAUCGGGUAAGGUUAACAAAUUCGCGAGCAUGGAAGAAUUUUUGCAGUUCUUAGAAGAAAGGUGCGUUCUUCUUGAAACUAUCGAAUCAAAUAAAACAGGGUUAAAGAUCGACAAACCAAGGUUUGAAAGAACAUCGAAGGCGUUCGUGUCAUCAUUUAAGUCAUGUGCAAUUUGCAAGGAAAACCACCCUUUAUUCAUUUGUAAAAAAUUCUUGGGACUUUCAAUAAAUGAACGGCGAAAUGAAGUCAAACGUUCAAAUUGUUGUCGAAACUGUCUCCAGCAGGGACAUUGGGCGCAAGACUGUAAACGUAGCGGUUGCAGGUACUGCGGAAAUAAGCACAACACUUUGUUGCAUGCAAUUAGUCAACCGCAAAAAUCACAACAAAGGGAUGAUAUUCCGGCAAUGGGAGCUCCAGGGGGCUCGUCUCACAAUUAUCCAUGUGUCACGGAAGGGCAUCCCUCAAAUCGGAGUCUUGAGAAUACUGACGGUCAAGGAGUUCCGAAGGUCGUUAAUGUAGAGUCGGCACACAAUUUUGCGGUCAGACAAGGAUCAGACGUUCUAUUGUCAACGGCAAUCGUUUACAUUGCGGGUUCGGACGGAAAACUACAUCGAGGUAGGAUGCUUUUAGAUUCUGGAAGUCAGUCCAAUUUUGUCACGAGAGAAUUCGCUGAAAAACUGAACCUAUCACGCAUUCGGGUAAAUAUACCAGUCGUUGGUAUCGGAAACGUAAUGUCUCAUAUAAAAUAUUCGAUUAAUAUGUCAGUUCAUUCAAGGUUCAAGGACUUUAAAUUCAAUUCUACGUUUCUUGUUAUAGAAAAGAUAACUGACAGUAUUCCAACAAGAAAAAUCGACACAAGUCGACUCAACAUUCCAAAAAAUAUCAACUUGGCAGAUGAGUCUUUUGCAGAGCCCGAUAAAAUCGAUGGGAUAUUGGGUGUCUCUAUAUUUUGGGAUUUAAUCUGUGCGGGUCAAAUCAAUUUAGGUAGGGGGGAACCAUCGCUACAAAAAACGCGGUUGGGUUGGAUCAUAGCCGGACAAAUAAAUGGGAAGGUGUCGGAUUCAAGAAGGAAGAAGGUAGUUUGUAACCUUUCAACAAAUGUUGCUUUAGAGGAGCAAAUUCAAAAAUUUUGGGAACUCGAGGAAUUCGGUCAUGAAAAAAGGUUUUCUAAAGAGGAAGCUCAGUGUGAACAAGGAUUCAGGAAAAGCACAAAAAGAAAUCAAGAGGGAAGAUUUGUUGUUGAACUUCCCUUUAGAACAAAUAUUGACGAAUUGGGGGAGUCAUUCAAAAUGGCUCAUAGGCGGUUAAUGCAUAUGGAGCGAAAAUUAGAAAAAACUCCACAGAUUAAAGAACAAUAUCAUCAAUUUAUGCGUGAAUACAUCGAGAUGGGUCAUAUGUCUAAGGUCAAUGACACGGAAUUCGCGGAUACUCAUAAUCAUACUAAUUAUUUACCCCAUCAUGGGGUGUACAAGGAAGACUCCUUAACAACGAAGUGCAGAGUGGUAUUUGAUGGCUCUGCAGCAACAAGUACGGGAGUUUCCUUGAAUAACGUUCUCAUGGUUGGGCCUCAACUACAGGACACACUUUUUAGUAUCACAUUAAGAUUUCGCAAGCACAAUGUGGUUAUUACUGCGGAUAUCGAAAAAAUGUUUCGGCAAGUCCUAAUUAAGGAAGAACAUCGGGAUCUCCAGCGGAUUCUGUGGCGGUUUUCUGCAGAGCAAUCAGUUGAGACUUACAAACUCAACACGAUCACUUAUGGGACAGGGCCCGCAAGUUAUCUCGCUGUCAGAUGUUUACAGCAGUUGGCUCAUGAUUGUAACGAGCAAUAUCCAGAGGCUAGUCGCGUUAUCUUGAAGGAUUUUUAUAUGGAUGAUCUAUUGUCAGGUGCCCAAACAGUCGAACAGGCAAGGGUGCUUAAACAGGAAAUAGAUCAGGUUUUGCAAACAGCUGGGUUUAUUCUUCGCAAAUGGACAUCAAACAUGAAAGAGGUUUUUUCCGAUGAAGAGAAAAGGGGUAAGGAAAUUGAGCAUUACAUAGCAGAGGGUUCAUCGACUAAGACACUCGGUCUGUUGUGGAAUGCAGAAGAAGAUACUCUGCAUUACAAAAUUAAGUUUGACAAAACCCAGGCCAGGGUAACAAAAAGGACAAUUUUGGGGGUAAUAGCCCAGAUUUUUGACCCUUUAGGUCUUGUCGGUCCUGUUAUAAUGAAUGCUAAGAUAAUUAUGCAACAGCUCUGGAAAAGUAAGUUGGACUGGGACGAGUCACUUCCUCUUGACUUACACACUUCUUGGGUUCGUUUCAGUAAUAAUAUAUCUGAGUUAUCCAAGAUAAAGAUAUGUAGGCAUGUCAUUUGUGCGAAUCCUAAUGAGAUACAACUGCAUGCAUUCGCACAUGCGUCAAUGGUAGCCUAUGGGGCUGCUGCUUAUAUUCGUUCUACAGAUGCAGCAGGUGUGCAUCACGUACAUCUAUUAUGUGCUAAAUCAAAGGUGGCGCCUUUGAAGGUAGUUUCCCUACCUAGGCUGGAACUUUGUGCUGCUUUACUAGCGGCCAGAUUGGUAAGGGAAAUUAAAGAAUCUAUGGGUAUUCCUUUCAAUAAGAUUCAGUUUUGGUCAGAUUCUAAGGUAACAUUGGCAUGGAUUCACGGGGAAUCCAGCCGAUGGAAAACAUUCGUAGCGAAUCGAACAUCUGAAAUUCAGGAACUCACGGGUAAAAAUCAGUGGGCGCAUGUAAUCUCAGGCGACAAUCCGGCUGAUAUCAUUUCCAGGGGGAUAGAGCCAGGAAGGUUGGGAUCAUAUUCAUUAUGGUGGCACGGGCCAAGUUGGUUAAGUUUGGAUGAACAAAUGUGGCCGGAGAGGGAAGAAUUCAGUUGUGAUGAGGUUCCAGAGCAAAGGAUAGAGAUAAAAACAUUUUUUGUCGAAAUUUCAUUGAACAUUUUCGACCGAUUUUCAAGUUUCGUCAAAUUACAUCGGGUAUGGGCUUAUUGUUUGCGAUUCAUAAGGAAUUGCAGGCGUAAUGCUCCUAAAGUAACGGGAUCUCUUUCAGUAGAUGAAUUGGUAAAAUCUACAAAUGAUCUGAUAAAACUGGCGCAAGGGCAAACCUUCCAAAAUGAAAUUGAAGCUCUAAGAAAGGGUCAAGCCUUACACAAAUCUAGUAGGCUGAUAGCUUUGAAUCCUUUCCUAGAUAGCGAAAACAUAAUUCGGGUUGGUGGACGCUUACAGAGUGCAAAUAUCCCGUACGAUCAGAAACACCAAAUUGUGCUACCGAUAAAACACAAUUUGACAAAUCUUAUAAUAAGGCAUGAGCAUAAUAGGAAUAUGCAUCUGGGAGCACAAGCUCUUCUUUCAUUGAUGCGAUUGAAAUAUUGGGUAUUAUCAGGUCGCAGUACCGUCAGAAAGGUAGAGGCGUGCUUGAACUCACGACCUUUAACACCCCUCUCCGAUGAUCCUUUGGACCUGAAUGUGCUCACACCAGGUCAUUUUCUUAUUGGAUCACCACUUCUAUCAACACCGCAAGAAGACCUACGAUUCGAGAAUCCAAAUCGAAUCAAGAAGUACUACCACCUGAAACAAAUCGUACAGCAUUUCUGGACCAGGUGGUCCAAGGACUACUUAUCAACUCUUCAAGGUAGAACAAGGUGGCGAUCGAAUCAAGGAACUAGCAACAUGGAACCAGGGACAAUGGUAUUAUUAAAGGAGGACAACUCCCCUCCGCAAAAAUGGGACCUAGCCAGAAUCAUCGAAACGCAUCCUG